GUCAACAGCUGGUUUGCAUUUGCAUCAAUCUGCUGGUUCUGUUUUUCAUGACCUGUUCAGCUCCCCUCACUGUCCUGUGCAGGGCCCCAAUUGGCAUUGAACUUAGAGCUGGUGGACUUCAUUUCCUCCGUGGUUCAGCAGAAUAUGUUGGCGGAUCUUUGCCUUACAACCACAUCCAUCAUCCUUCCGACACAACAGCUUAAUCCAACCUUCAACUGGCACUUCUCAAGGCCACGGCAAUAACCUCUCGUCCUUUUUGUCCCACACACUUCUGUGUAAAUCAUCCUCAAUAACAACCAGUCACGCCUCCUUCCGUCUAAUGACAUAGCUACACAGUCUGCGAGUGCAUGAUGAACAAAUGUCUCCCUCUCCACUUCUGAUCUUCUUACCCUCUAUCCAUUCAGCUGGCCGAAGACAAGGAGCUUUUUGUACAGAACGGGGAAUCACAGGACUCACAUGCUUCAGUAAGGAGAAACUGAGAGAUCGCAGCAGAUGAUAGACUUCCUCAGAAGAGAAGAAGACUGGCGAGGAACGGGCUGGAGUCAGAUUUGGGGCUGGACGAGGUAACUCAGAACCGCGUGAACCGAGCUGGACUGGGCUCAGAAGGACUACCUGAAGAUGGAGAAUGACGGGACAGAAGCCAAGGAGAAGGUUGAGGAUCUGCCCGAAGAUACAACAGGAGGUGUGGAGGAAUGUCCCCAGGAGAUUUCACAGGUGCAGGGCCUGCUGGUGGAGCUGCGCGAGGGGCUCCGCGCGGCCGUGGCCGAGCUGGUCGAGCUGCGUCAGAGGGACCACGUUUUGGGGGAGAAGCUCCAAGCACAUCAGACUGAAGUGGAUGAUAAGAUAAUGGGCCUCAAGAACUCGCUCAACACAUUUAAGGAGGAGCUGAAUGUGGCGUUGUUCCACAUUAGAGAUAUGUCCAACAGACAAAGGGAGGCACAGAGGAGGAUGGAGCUGCUGCAGAUCGAAAGCAACAAAGAUAUAAUUCCCCUUCCACACAGGUCCAGCAGCAGGAAGAGUUCCAGGUCAGACGUGCUGGCAUCGUCCGGGGACGAGCACAUCUGCACACCCAGCCAAUCAGAGCUCAGUGUUUAUCAGACCUUUUUCCCGACUCCGCCUCAGGGCGAGUCUCCACAGAGGAGCAACACGUCUACACAAACCUCUACUUCUGACCAGGAGGCUCUGCAGCAGCAGCAGCAGCAGAAAUCUCCGUCAUGGGGAGAGAAGACAAACAACAGAGACCGGAUGGAAAUCUCCAACAAUCAGACUGAAAACAAUAAGCGACAACGGGCCGCGCUGGAGCUGCUGGAGUCAGAGAGAGUCUAUGUGUCCCAUCUGUCUCUGCUACUGAAGGCCAACAUCUCCUUCAAUGGAUCCGAAGCUCCAACUACGAAGGACAAACGUCCUUUCCCCAGCUCCUUAAGGUUUCUGAUCCAGCAGCACCUGGAGCUCCUUCACACUCUGCAGGAGCGCGUGCUCAGGUGCCAGUGGCAAGGCAUCAUGGGAGAUGUGUUCAUGAGGCUCACCAGCAAAGAGAGUGAUUUCCUGGACUUCUACGUCUCCUACCUGAAAGAGCUUCCAGAUUGUCUGUCCGUUGUCACCGUGCUGGCGUCCAGCUCCAUGAAGUCCGCUGCUUUUGUGGAUUGUGACGUUCUGGGGGAUGAAUCCAGACCUUCGCUUUACACCCUGCUCCUCCAGCCAGUCCAGAGGAUCCCAGAAUAUCUGCUGCUGUUACAGGGCCUGCUCAGACAGACAGAUGCAGAUCACCCAGACUACUACCUGCUGCUGGUCUGCGUCCAGCAGUUCAGGUCCUUCACUGCGCAGUACCACCACCUACUUCAGCACAACCAGGAGCUCCUGCUGCUCAACCGCAAGGAGGUGCAGAGCAGGUCCAACAUGAAGCAGCUGUUAAAGACGGUGGAGGGAGGGAUUCAAACUAACAACAUUGGUUCACCUUAUCCUGGCAGUAAUGCAAUGCUGGAGCAUGCUAACAUGGUGAAGCGUCGGAAGCAGUGUCUCCUGGAGCAAAUUCAGUCCCACCGCUUCCAGGAUUGGGAUCACAGUCAAGAUGCACAGAGUCACUGCUAUAACGCAGAGUGGCCAUCCCAGGUGCCGUUCUUCAGCCACAAUCUGGACUCCCGGAAUCCAAAACAAACGGGUCUUGGCAGUAUCCCAGAAAGCGAGAUGUCCGAGGGGUCACGUCAGCACAAUCAGGUGCCCACCAGGCCGGCUGAAUUUCGUCAGGUUCAGCCCGGCUCGGCUCUGGCUGAUGCCCUCGGGGAGUUCCUCCUUCCUCCCGACCCUCCAGGGAUGGAGAGUCUCUAUGACGAAGAUGGGGUCUCCCUUCAUGACACAUCUUUGUUCGACCACUGUUCAUCGGCGUCCUCGGACUCCUCUAUCGACAUCGCCUUUGUGAAGUGCCCCAAAGUCCCCCAGGGAUCCCAUCACGCGGUGGCAACCAAUGUGCCGACAAACCGAGAUGUCUUUGGCAACGGAGGAAGCCCAGGUAAUGGUUACAGCAAACUGCCCAACCGGGGUUGUGUGUCACCAGAUGAAGCUGUAAUGACAAGACGCAAUCUCCAUCGGCCACUUCAAGCCAGCCAGCGUAAGAGUAAGUCACUAAAUGGCCUGCAGAUGGAGAACACAGUGAGUGGUCUGGAUGUGGGACCACUUUCAGACCACCUCCAGAGAGUGGGACUGAGCAGCCACGCCAAGCUGGAGCGUCAGGGCAGUAAGGGCAGUAAAUGUUCCACCCCGUCGCAUAAAGUCCACAGUCCCCUGGGGAACACGGACAAACAGAGUCCAGAUCUGCACGGACUGCUCAACAUUCAGGACUCAGGCAUCCAGUCAUGGGCUGACGAAUCAAAAUGGAGGAGCACAACAGAGGAAAAUAAUCACACCCCCUUCAGCGAGAGGAGUCGCAAGGACAAGGGAGGCUUCAGGAGCUCGUUCAAGAAACUCUUCAAAAAGAAGACUGCUGAUGAGAAGAAGGAGAAGGGAGGAGAAAAGACACCAGAAAAUCAAAACAGUGAACAUGAAACGUCGAUGAAAACUCCCAGACUGGUUCACCUGGAGAUAAACCGUGGCACAGCUGUAUAAUUUGUGCUUAGUAUGCAUUUCCCUGUUUUGUAAAAACAUUGUAUGAGCUACACAGCAACUUUCCACAAACUGAAAUGUGUUUUUUUUUCUUCUGUCCUACCCCACGCCCAGCCUUCAAACUGAAGGAAAGCACUAGUUCAAAUACCAGUGGUAUUUUUUUUUUAUUUAAACAAAACCACAAAAUAUGCUAAAUUCAGCUGUUUUAAAUUCUUUGCAACAUUAGAGACUGAUUUAAUAGCGUCAAAAUGACGAGAUGUAAUUUUGUUUAGUCAGCUUGCGCUUUCAUCCCAUGAUUGUAAUCAAUUACAAUUUUCUUUUGUUGCUUUUGUCCAACUAAUCCAUUCAUGCCAGUUUCAGCCUUUUAAUCAGUAGGUUGUUUUAAACUCAAACUAUAAAUUCCAGACAUGACUCCUCUGUUCAUCUUAGUUACGCUAUACUCAUAAUUACUGCAAUAUACUCAGGAAACAUUAACAGCUACAAUGUUUGUUUGUAUGGGCUUACAAUGCUUAUUUAAAUACACUAUGUAGAAAUUACAAUGUUCUUUGUGUUUUUCCUGCACUAGAUUUAUCUCGAGAGAAAUAAGCUCAAUAAAAGUUCUCACUGGCUAUUUUUCUGGC